AUGUCCUUCACAAUGGAGGAUAAUUUGGAGUCGGGGUGGGUAGCCGUCCGCCCCAAUGCGUUUGAAGAGAAGGAAAAGCAUAAAUUUGUUUUCAUCGUCGCCUGGAAUGAAGUGGAGGGCAAAUUUGCCAUUACGUGUCAUAACAGGACGGUGCAGAGGAGAAGCUUUGGUAGGGACCCUCCGGUGGAGGCGACUAGGCUGGAUGGGGACAAAACAAAAUGGCCCGAAAGUCCCGUCAGGGAUAAAGUAUCUCGGAGCCCUGGUAAAGGAGCCAGGGAGGCUGUGGAGAAAGGCUGCAGCCCUAAAGCCAAGUCUGUGAUUGCGACAAAACCAAGUCCUGUCAAAAUUCAAACUGUGAUCAAAUCUGCAGCAUCUCCAGUUAGUCCUGAUAUUGAGGUGUUAAAGUCACUAAGAGACGACCAACUGUCUCCAUCACUGGACAGCUUGGACCUGGAGGAACUGGAUAGUCUGAGCAGGGAGGACUGCAGCUGGGCCGGACUCUUCUCUUUCCAGGACCUCCGGGCAAUCCACCAGCAGCUGUGCUCGGUGAACUCGGACCUGGAGCCCUGCCUCCCGGUGUUUCCGGAGGAACCAGCCGGGAUGUGGACUGUGCUGUUCGGCCCGGCCGAAGUGUCCGAGACCGAAAUGGAUGAGCUUUGCUACAGUUUACAGGUGUACCUAGGCCAUGCGCUCGAUACAUGCGGAUGGAAGAUCCUUUCGCAGGUUCUGUUCACGGAAAACGACGACCCAGAUGAGUACUAUGAGAGCCUGAGCGAGCUGAGGCAGUCCGGGUACGAAGAGGCGCUCAACCGUGCAACAAAACAUCUACAAGAGCUGCUGGAGAAGCACAAGACCAUGGACAGUAUGGUGGAGCUGUUGGAGCUAUAUGAGGAGGAGGAUCAGGCCUAUGGAGGCCUGCUGGAGGCCUCCACACAGCUGUACCAGUACUUGCUGCAGCCCUUCAGAGACAUGAGGGAACUUGCAAUGCUACGCAGACAACAGAUCAAGAUUUCCAUGGAGAAUGACUACUUGGGCCCAAGGCGGAUUGAAGCUCUGAAAAAGGAGGACUUCGACUGGCAGAAGAAAGCUCAGGAAGCAGUCCUCAACAUCCAGGAGUUUACUGUAAAGUACUUUGAGAUCACUGCCAGAGCCCAGAAAGGGGUGUAUGAGCGUAUGAGGGUGGACCAGCGCAAGUUUGGUAAAUCUUCAUGGACAGCAGCGGUGGAGCGCAUGGAGAGACUUCGCUACUCUGUUGCAAAGGAAACUCUACAGCUCCAGAGAGCCAGGGAGAUCUCUCUGGACCAGAGGAAACACACACUUCGAGAGGAGAUGCAGAGUCUGUGUAGCAGUGAGGAUGCCAUAGCCCUCUUAGACCACAUGGAGACACAGUACUAUGAGCUCCAGCUCCAACUAUAUGACAUCCAGGCCGAGAUACUACAGUGUGAAGAGCUGCUCCUCACCGCUCAACUGGACAGCAUUCGCAGACAGAUGACAGAGCGUCAGGAUGAGGUGGUGUACUAUGACACUUUUGAAAGUGCAGAUGAUAUCACAGAGGACGACACUGCAGAGAGGGAAGAGCUGCACAGACUUCAGGUCAGCGCUCGACAGCUGGAGGCAAGAAGGGGGCGCAUCACUGCCAAGCGCUCCUAUCUGAGGAACAAGAGGGAGAUCUGUGUGUCCAACCAUGCUCAGAAACAGCAGAAACGUCAAACCAUCCACAAGGACUCUAUAGCCCACCAGGUCUUACAGCUGAAAAAUGAAGAAGAGGAAGAUGAGGAGAGAAAGAACAGCAGAGUUAGUCAGGAGAGGCAGAGAACUCUGGACAGACUACGCACUUUCAAGCAGCGGUACCCAGGUCAGGUGAUUCUAAAGUCCACUCGACUACGUGUGUCUCACACAAGAAGAAGAGACCGCGGAAGGAGCAUGGAAAUGAGUAGCAUGAGUGAGAGGGAGGAGCAUGUGAAUUCUUUCGGUGUCCAGACGCAGGGCCAGCCUCUUUGUCUCACUACCAGUGUGCAGACAGACCCCAGCCCCAGCUCCACACUCACCACUCAACCCGUCACGUCCCUCACAGCAUCCCUUCCUCCGCUACCUGUACCCAGCCCUGCAGACUCUUCCUGCUCUCCCUGCUCCCUGUCCUCACUACUGGCAUCCCCUAUCUCCCCUCCUCCUCCGCCUCCCCCUCCACCUCCUUUGCCAACUAAGGAGGAGUUGUCACCCUCUGGGAGCCCCGGUCGGCAUGGGCAGAAGGUUGAGGGUAAGAGUGCAGCAGAAGAGCUCUCCCUCUCCCCACUCGGUCCUUUUAUCCCUCGCUUCUUUGACAGCAGUCAACUGGUGAGCGCCCGGAAAAAACUAAGGAAGACUCCAGAGUUUGACUCCCACAGCAGAAGAGUGAGCUCACCCAUGGAUGAGGUGCUAGCCUCCCUGAAGAGAGGCAGCUUCCACCUGAGGAAGGUCGACCAGCGGUCACUGCCUCCGGCUAAGGGUGACGAUGACCCCAACAGUAUCCUGGUUCAGAUUCGCAAGGGGGUCAAACUGAGGCGUGUCCCCAGGAAAGAGAGAAAGGACCAGAAAGAGCUCCCAGCCUCCACCGAUCCCCUGACAAGGAGCAUCCAUGAGGCGCUGCGCCGCAUCAAGGAGGCCUCACCUGAGUCUGACUCAGAUGACGAUGGGCUGGCCGGACCUGACUGGGACAGCUAG